AUCAAAUGCAUGUUUCAAAGAUGGCUGCGCCGGUCGGUCGAACAACACGAAUAAUCGGGAAAUGAUUUUAAUUAUGUCGUUAUUACAGUGAAUCGUUAGUUGUAAGAAUGGUAUCACUUAAAAAAUACAAAGUGCUUCCAGUGAUAGUAGAAGAAGACCAUCAUGAGGGGAAAAAAAAGAAGUCUGGGGGAAAAUUUACCUGCUGAAGGGAAAAAAAAUUUGAGGGGAAAGGGCCGUUUUUCGGCAGGUCCCAAAGAAGGAAAAAAGCCCUGAGGUUCUACCACAUAUUUACCGAGCUAUUGGUUCCAAGCAUCUACCUCUGAAUGGCAUUACUCUAGUGCACUUUGACUCGCACCCUGAUAUGCUGAUUCCAAUUGAUAUGCCUGCAGAUAUAGUAUUUUCCAUAGAGAAAUUAUAUGAGUCCCUGAGCAUUGAGAAUUGGAUACUGCCAGCUGUGUAUGCCGGUCACAUUAGUAAACUUGUUUGGGUGAAACCACCGUGGUGCUCCCAGAUGCUGGAUCAGACCACACGCUUCCUGGUUGGCAAGUGCAAGAAGACUGGCUGUAUCAGAACCACCUGCACAGAAAGCUACUACAUCAGUGAAACUCUCUAUGUACCAGAGAGUCAGUUGGAAAACGCCAAGACUUUGAAUUUCACUGUUGUUACAUGCACUCCAAAAAAUUGGGAUUCCUUGGUGUCAAAUUUAACAAGUGAUCCAAAACUGGAACAGAAUGAUUUGAAAGAAAUUGAAAAUAAUGCAACCAACAUUGAAAAUGCUGUGAAAUUGCAAGAAGAAUCAAUUCUCUCUGCAGAUGAGAAACUAGACCAUGAAUGUAGUGUGAACACUUUUGUUGAAACAGAAAAUAUACAGAACAAUUCACAACAUCUUUCAGAGACGAAUGACUUGGAAGCAGAUGGUUUUUGCAAAGUCAAAAAACAAAAACUAGAACACAGUGCCUUGAAAGCUAACCAGACUGAUGAAGGUGGAAAGGACAAAGACUUGAAGUUAUUAACAGCAAAUAUUUGUGAGAUUAUAGGCAAAGAAUCCUAUGUUCUAGAUAUUGAUUUGGAUUUUUUCUCCACAAUGAAUCCAUUCAAAAACAUGUAUGGGGAGGAGGAGUACAAAAUGUUACAGGAGCUGUACAAAUUUCAAAGGCCAGAAUCAUUAUCAGAAAAGGACCUGGAGAGAUGUGUAUCAGAUAGACAAAAACAGCUGAGCCAACUGAAGUCUGUUUUCACAGAUCUGGCAGUACAACCUGCCGCCAAUAUCAACCACCCUAGAUCGGCCACAAUUUCUGCCCUGAUGGCCUGUCUACAAGCGCGGACCCCUGGCAGUGUGGACGUCACACUGCUGCAUGACGCGGGAUGCACGUGUGAUGACACGGAGCUCCCACAUCAUGUCAGUACCAACACCCAGAUAGCUGUCCUGGUGGACUCCUUUCAGGAGUUGCUGUCCUACCUUCCAAAGCCGACGCUGGUUACAAUUGCAAGGUCCAGCUUGGACGACUACUGUCCCGCUAACCAGGUGGACAUGAUUCAAGACAUGGUGCUCACAGCUCUGCAGGAUCUGUAUCUGGAGGUACAGGUGUCACUACUGUACGAGGAGACUGAACCUGCCGUCCAGGGCUAGCUAAUUACAACAAGAUUAUAUCUGUAGGGAAAGAUUUAGAAUGAAAUAGGAGGGUGCUUCGCUCUGCCCUUUUUUUGUCCCUCUAGUUAACACAUUAUAUUUUUGUAAUGAGACUCAUUCUUGGAAAACAAGGUUUAAUGCAUGAGCUUAAAGUGUCAUCCCAGAUUAGCCUGUGCAGUGCACACAGGCUAAUCAGGGACGACACUUUCCGCUUUUAUGGAAGUUUUCAUUAAAAGGAAGCCUCUUCUUUAUGAAAAUCCAUGGUAGAUGGAAAGUGUUCACCCUGUGCAGACUGCACAGGCUUAUCUAGCACGAUACUUUACGCACAUGCAUAAAGCCCCAUUUUGCGAGACCAAAUUUCACAUUUGUUGCAAUUUAAUACUGGAUUGAAUACAUUAAAUGGUUAAUAGAUGGUGUUUUACAUCAUUAUAUGUCAGUGUUGAAAAAACAAAUUAUUUAUUAAAUUACACCCUUUCACUGGCAUGGUUCCAAAUUCAUCCCUGCCCCUUUUUUGCAAGAGCCAGUUAUCUUUUAUGAUCCUCAAUGUUUCCCAAUAUCUAGAAGUAUGCAUCUCACAACUGGCAUAUCACUAUUGCUGGACGUUUAAGUCCAAUGAAAAAGCUCCUUUGUUUUGAAAAAAAAAUGUUUCAAAUUUUUAAUGUUUUUUUGCAAAGAAACAAUUAUACUGAACAUUCACCUUGCUCUCAAAUAUGCAUUUAAUGCAUCUUUUGACAAUUUAAAAACCUGAAAACUAUAAAGCAUUACAAAGGCGCAACAAACCUAUAAUUUGGAAAGUUCUGUUGUUAUCAUUAUAUUUUGAGACAUUACUAUGGUUGCUUAUAUGCAUUAUAAAAUAAGUUAAUUGUCAGCACGGAUGGCCAAGUGGUUAAAGCGCUAAUCUUUUACUCCAAUGGUCAGUGGUUCAAGCCCAGGAGUGAUUUUUUUUCCUUCCUUUCUUUCAUUUUAUUUUUGUUUUAUACUGGAACUCCAAAGUUUGGAUGUUUACAUUUAUCAAUCUAAAGCAUUUGUCAAAUUUACCGGGGGUAAAACAUGCCAUCUGUUAAAAGGUAUCUUUAAAGAUACAAUAAUUGUUGUGAAGACCGAUUCCCUAGUCUAGCUGCUAUUCUUACCAAUGUUGUCAUGUUGAUCAUAUUUUUACUGGGCUAUAUUAACCCUUUGCAUGCUGGGAAAUUUGUCGUCUGCUAAAAUGUCGUCUGCUGAAUUUCUUAAAUUAGCAUUUUCUUCGUUUUUUUUCAAAGAAUACUAUCAGAAUAGCAAACAGUUUGGAUCCAGAUGAGACGCCACGUUCUGUGGCGUCUCAUCUGGAUCCAAACUGUUUGCAAAGGCCUUCACAACUCGGUUCCCGCACUGUAAGGGUUAAAAUGUUUAAUUUUUUGUGUUAUUUCGAAACAUCAAUAAAUAUAUUUAGUUUACAAUAAUGAAUAAUCUCCUCACAGAUUUGAAUUGUUUGUAUAAUUUAAUUGUCAAUUAAUAACACAAAACAACUUCUUAAUAAUACAAAUCAUGUUUCUCAAUUUCUGUGAUAUCAACAUAGCUGUAAGAAUUGAGGAGUGUAAAUAUGGUUAAAAGAAGAGUACAGGUUGAAUAAGUCGUAGUUUAUAUGUGAAAUGCAUAACAAAAUAAUUUUGUAUAAAGCCACUAAGAUUUACUGUAUGCACUAAUAAACCAUAUCUGAAGCUG